AUGCACUCGCCCCCUCCACAUGUUUUGAACACUGAAAGAGUUGGUGAAAGCAAUAAGGGAUAUUGUGAUAAUCUAAAUAAUGCAAUGAUCCUCGAUGAUUUAGACCUGAGCAAGGGGUUCCUUAUUGACUGGGAAUUCACACUAUGUAUUGCUGUGGAUAAUAAAUAUCCCAUUGGUGGUACAGGCACAGUCCCCUUCAUGUCAUGCAGGCUUCUUGGCCAGAUUUCGAUAAUGCAGCAACAGGUGAAGGCGGAAGCUGAGACAAAACAGGUGACAAAACUUAAGCGCAAAUCAAAACAGACAAAGAAGGCUCCAGCCUCCAAAACACCAAAAAUGUCCUCGGAUUCUUUGGUGCUGCCUAUUUCUCAUGUUGUCCAAGAUUACUCUGACGACCUCAAAUCUCUUUUCUUCAUAUUUGCUUGGGUUUGCAUCAAAUUCAGCAGUCCCAAUGGUACAGUCCGUGAGGAGCACAUGUCCAAUUCAUUACUCAAUCGCUGGACCCGCCUUGACCUGGCAUCAUGCGCUGCCUUCAAGGUCACCUUUUUCACGAACCCAUUGGAUGAAGAGCAUCUCAUGAAUGAAUUUCACCCAUACUUCAAACCUCUCAUCCCCCUCGUAAAAGAUUGGUGCGCAGCAUUGAAGGACAAUAUGGUUCACCCUGUUACAUUUGACACCAUUCUUCACGUACUCAACUCUCAUCUCAAUCAGCUUUCUGAUGAUGAGGAGCUCCAAUCUGCCAUGACCAUGCUCAAGAAAUCUGCUGUGAUUCUUAAUACCUCCAACACCUUGAAAUGUGUUGCUUCACUAUCUCUACCCAUGCCAAAGCAGAAGAAAUCAGUCGAGGCAAAUACCGUACUCCAAGAGGCCUCACAAUAG